AUGGUCCGACGUAUUGAAGGUACGAUUUUCUAUGACAAAAAUAAUGAAGUUCUCAAUGAUAAUCAUAAAAUUCUCAUUUAUCUUGAUGAUAUAACACUGACAGAUGUUGCGUCUCAAGAUGGUUCUUAUGUACGUAAAUUUCAUACAAUAUCAAAAAAAAUUUUGGAAAAUCAAGCUCGAACAUUUCCAAUUGAAUUUAUACUUGAAUAUGAUGAAAAAGAUAUUGAAAAAACAUCAAACUAUUCAAUACGCGUACGAAUUGUAGCUGAUGGUAAAACACGAUUUAUAACCAGCUCAAAUAAUCCUGUACUUACAAAAGGUUAUGGUGAUAUGGUUGAUAUUAAAGUGGAAAAAAUUGAUUUAAUGUAA